UCGCUCGCAGAUAGUGAGAGGACGCCGCAGUCAGUGAGUGGUGGUCUGCAGAGAGCAGGUACAACUGUUCCUUCACCUGAAAAUAAAAAACACACAAGCGUCCCUUAUCCGAGGAUAUCUCACCGCACUGGCGUUAUUCCAAAAAAUUACAAGAACAACGCUCUUUUUGGAAUAUGCACGAUGAGUAUUAGCUAGCCCAUCGAGCAGAGGGUCCUUUACAUCCCACCUGCAGUCAUGAAUGGUGGUUUUAGUAUUUGGGCUAUAACUCCAGAAGAGAGGGUGAAACAUGACAAACAAUUUGACUCUCUGGUUCCCACUCUGGGCUAUCUGUCAGGAGACCAAGCAAGAAAGUUCUUUCUGCAAUCUGGACUUCCAACAGCCAUACUGGCUGACAUUUGGGCACUGGCGGAUAUGGGGAAAGACGGGAAGAUGGACAGAUUGGAAUUCUCCAUUGCAAUGAAACUAAUUAAACUGCAGCUGCAGGGUCAGCCCCUCCCUUCAAUUUUGCCAAUCAUCAUGAAACAGACCCCCGUCCCUGUCAUGACAUCAUCAUCACGCUUCGGUAUGGGAUCAAUGCCAAAUCUUUCUGCAAUGUCGGGAAUGCCUAUACUAGCACCUGUGACAGCUUGCCCGGCAGUUAUGCCUUUGGUUCCUGUGCCCACCGUGGUGCCAGGACCACUGCCUCUCCCCAGCUCUCUCAGUGUGCCAGCUCUGCCAAACGGCAAUGCAACACUCCUCCCUCCAACAUCAGCAUUCCCAGUUUCUAGCAGUUUGAGUAAAUCUCACUCACUCUUGGACCUUGGAUCUAGCAGUUCUAACUCCUCUUCCACCACCUCCCUCGCGAGUAACUCCCCCAAAAUGGGAUCAUCUGAUUGGGCAGUGCCUCAGUCGUCCCGUCUAAAGUACCGCCAGCAGUUCAACAGUCUGGACAAACUGAUGAGCGGAUACCUGUCAGGUCCUCAGGUCAGAAAUGCCCUCACAGCAUCAAACCUCACACAAACACAGCUUGCCACCAUAUGGAAUCUUGCGGAUGUAGAUCGUGAUGGGCAAUUAAGAGCAGAGGAAUUUAUUUUGGCAAUGCACCUGGUUGAUAUGGCCAAGACCGGUCGUCCUUUACCUCUGACUUUACCUCCCGACCUUAUGCCCCCAUCAUUCAGAACAGGGAAGUCAUGUGACCUCCUGAACGGACCCAUUCCUCUGAUCAACACUGAGGUGAUUGAGCCAGAACAUCAGCAGAAAAACAAGAACAAUGUGGCAUUUGAGGAUAAACUGAAGGAAAAUUUUCAGAAAGGAAAUGCAGAGCUGGAGAAACGACGUCUGGCUCUACAGGAGGAACAGAAAAGAGAAGAGGAGAGAAGGAAAGAAGAGGAGAGGAGACGACAGAGGGAGAGGGAGGAGAGAGAGCAGAAGGAGAGAGAGUCACGGGAUAUUGAACUGAGGAGACAGAGGGAGGAGGAGAGGAGGAGAGAAAGGGAGAGAGAGAUCGAGCGACAGAGAGAGGAAGAAAGACUGAAAGAGCUAGAGCGUCGGGAGGCAACGGAGCAUCAGCGACAGAUGGAAUGGGAGAGAAGUAAAAGAGUGGAGCUUCAGACACAGAGAGAAAAAGAGCAGAGUGACAUACAGAGACUGAAAGAGAGGAAGAGACGUCUGGAGAUGGAGUUGGAGUCCGUGGGCAACACGCAUAAGCAGAUCUCCAAUCGACUCCGGGAUGCCAAGAGUAAGAGAAAGGUCCAGAUGGCCGAGCUAGAUCUGAUUAAUCAGAAGAGAGAUAGCCGUACACUGGAUAUUAACUCCCUACAGUUACAAUUUGAGGAAAUUCAGAAGCAGUUGAAUCGAUUCAGUCCUGAGAAGCAAAGGCUGACAGACAGACUGCUUGACCUCACUCAGAACUCAAGUCCUUUGAUAAAUGAUAUGAAACAGAGCUUGUGUGAGAAAGAUCUAAGCUGUCGGAAGCUCAAGGAGCAGUUGGAUGCUUUGGAAAGAGAGACCACUGCUAAACUCUCUCAGAUGGAGCAGUACAACAGAGAAAUUAAGUUUGUAGAAAUGGAUGACUGUGUGCUUCAGGGACUUCUCUCUUUGCUGGGCUGCUUAACCAAUCUCUUCCUUCUAAUAAAGGAGCUGAGACAGAGGAAGAGCCAGCAACAGGACGUUCUAGAGCAGCUGAGGAGAGUCAGAUCUGAGAAACUUCAAGAGCUACAGAGACACAGAAAAGAGCAAGAGGAGAGGAGGAGGAAAAAAGAAGAAGAGGAGAAAAAAAGGAAAGAGGAAGAGGAGAAGAAGAGAAAAGAAAGAGAAGAAGAAAUUAAAAGGAUGAAAGAGGAGCAGGAGACAAAGAGGAAAAAGGAAGAGGAGGAGACAAAGAGAAGAAAAGAGGAGGAGGCUGCCAGACAGGCAAAGCUGGAGCAGGAGCGUUUGGAGGAGGAAUCAGAGCGUCAGAGGAAACUUGCCCAUGAGCGAGAGGCUAAACUCAGGGAAGAGCAACAGCGGCAGGCCCAGGCCAGACUUCAGGAGGCCCAGGAGCAGGCACGAGAGAGAGAGGAGAAGAGGAGAGCAGAGGAGAGAGAAAGGGAGGAGAAAGAAAGGAAUGAACUCCGGCAACAUACUCAGGCCUCAGUGUUACACAAUAGCAAAGAGGUCAAAAGUUUACCCGUGAUUAAAACUGAAGAUGCGUGUACUACCCCCACCACCUAUAGAGCCCUUUAUCCAUUCACAGCACGUAACACUGAAGAGCUCUCACUGGAUGCAGACUGUUUGAUUGAGGUAGAUGAAGCAACAGUUCGGGAGACCGGCUGGCUGUACGGGAGUUACCGUGGUAACCGCGGGUGGUUUCCAGAGAGUUAUGCUGAGAGAUGCUGUACAGACAGUUGGACUGAACAAACAGCAGCUGUUAUGCAAUCCACAGCGCCCCCUGCUAACUACCCUGAAAUUCCCCGGGUGGAUGUGGAAGGACCAACACCAACGCACACACCAGCAUCUACAAACACACAACACUCACAGGCCGUCGCUCUGUGCGAAUGGUGUGCUAAGACUGACAGUCACUUGGGCUUCUCGAAAAAUGACAUCAUCACGGUUUUAGAAAAGCAGGAGAGCUGGUGGUACGGAGAAUUAAAUGAGAACCGGGGCUGGUUCCCAAGCUCAUUUGUCUCCAUGGUUACCACCAAUCACACACAGACUGAACCGUUGUAUUCUACUGUUGGUGAGAUUGAACUGUCAGAUUCCAUUUUGCUAGAGGAGUAUGUGGCUCUGUACACAUAUGAGAGUCCGGAGUCAGGUGACCUGACGUUCUCUGUGGACGAUGUUAUCCUGGUAACAGAAAGGGAGGGGGAAUGGUGGAGAGGAUGCAUCGGGGAUCAGUGUGGUCUCUUUCCUUCUAACUACGUCAAACCCAAAGAGCAAGAUACUGCCAAACCUGAUGGUACUAGUAAAAAGCCAGAGAUCGCUCAGGUAACAACAGCCAAUGCAGCCACAACACCAGAGCAGUUGAGUCUUACGCCGGGUCAACUGAUUGUAGUGCUGCAUAAGAACUCAAACAGCUGGUGGCUGGGUGAGCUCCAGGCGCGGGGUAAAAAACGUACAAAGGGCUGGUUCCACUCCUCUAAUGUCAGAUUACUGGAGGCCAACAGCGGCAAAAUAACUCCUGCCUCUAAACCACUAUGUCAAGUUAUUGCAAUGUAUGACUACAAAGCAGCCAAUAAUGAUGAGAUGAGUUUCCAGAAAGGUCAACUGAUCAGCGUUCUCAACAAAGACAAUCCUGACUGGUGGAAAGGAGAGGUCGCUGGAGUCACAGGACUGUUUCCAACCAAUUAUGUGACGAUGACCACAGAAUGUGAUCCUAGCCAGCAAUGGUGUGCUGAUCUGCUCAGUUUAGAGUCCAUGUCUACCGAGGAGAGAAAACGGCAAGGCUACAUACAUGAGCUCAUUCAGACGGAGGAGACCUACCUGGAAGAUCUUGAACUUGCAUUGGAGGUGUUUUAUACCCCCAUGGCGGAGUCAGGGCGGUUGACGGAGGCUGAGAUGAGCAUGAUUUUUGUGAACUGGCGGGAACUGAUCAUGUGUAGCACCAAACUCUUAAAAGCUUUGCGUGUCCGUAAGAAGAUGUCAGGUGAACGGAUGCCGGUGCAGGUGGUGGGUGAUAUCUUGUCCUCAGAGCUUUCUCAUAUGCAGGCCUACAUCCGCUUCUGCAGCUGCCAGCUCAACGCCGCUGCCAUGCUACAACAGAAAACCGACAAAUCACAAGACUUCAAACUCUUCCUGAAGAAAAUUGCCAGUAAUUACAGAUGUAAAGGCAUGCCACUGUCUAGCUUUCUUCUGAAACCCAUGCAGAGGAUCACACGCUACCCACUGCUGAUCAAGAAUAUUCUGGAGAAUACCCCUGUGGGUCAUGCAGAUCAUGCCAACCUGCAGAUGGCAUUAGAGAAAGCGGAGGAGUUGUGCUCACAGGUGAAUGAAGGUGUGAGAGAGAAAGAGAAUUCAGACAGACUGGAAUGGAUCCAGAGUCAUGUGACGUGUGAUGGAGUCAUUGAGCACCUGGUUUUUAACUCCAUAACUAACUGCCUGGGCCCGAGGAAACUGCUGCACAGCGGCAAACUGCACAAGACCAAGAGCAGCAAAGAACUCUGGGCCUUUCUGUUUAGUGACUUUCUGCUCCUCACAUACACUUCCAAACAGUCCGGGACAGACAAACUCUUUAAUCCCAACUCCAAUGCACAGUACAAGAUGUAUAAAACGCCAGUGUUUCUGAAUGAGGUCUUAGUCAAAAUGCCCUCAGACCCUUCCAGUGAUGAUCCAAUCUUUCACAUCUCACACGUCGACCGUGUGUACACACUCAAGACUGACACCAUUAACGAGAGGACUACAUGGGUGCAGAAGAUCAAAGCAGCAUCUGAACACUUCAUAGAGACGGAGAAGCUCAAAAGAGAAAAGGCAUACCAAGCUCGCUCUCAGAAGAACAGUGGGAUUGGGCGAUUGUCUGUGACAGUCCUGGAGGCAACAGAGCUGAAGGCCUGCAAGCCAAACGGGAAGAGUAACCCGUAUUGUGAGCUCACUAUGGGUGCUCAGUGUUACACCUCCCGCCAUCAGUCCGACACACUCAACCCCAAAUGGAACUUCAGCUGUCACUUUUUCAUUAAAGAUCUGUACCAGGACGUCCUCUGCCUCACCAUUUUUGAGCGGGACCAGUUCUCUCCAGACGAUUUUCUGGGUCGUACUGAAAUUCCUGUAGCAACAAUAAAGCAGGAUCAAGAUGGAAAUGGUCCUUUGGUACGACGUCUGCUGCUUCAUGAAGUUCCAACCGGAGAGGUCAAAGUGCGACUUGACCUGCAGCUCUUUGAGCAAGCGCCUCUCAUUUGAAAACAACCGUUAAGUUCCAGCUUCAGCAACCAACAUCUACAGGUUUAUUAUUCUUAACUCCGUGUUGAACAGCCGUGUACCAUAAGUGGGUUGUUUUUUUUAACUUGAGACUCCAAAUGGAGUUUUUUCCCCAAAAAAUUAGAGUGCCAGCUCAUAGUAAGCUUGAUAUACUAUAGCUACCCAUUCUCACCAAGAUGCGUACAAAUGACACGCAGUGUGAUUAUCGUGUAGCCUGGGUGCCAGACGAUCUUAGCCCCGCCCACAACAUUUUGAGAACGGGAAGAUCGGUCUGCGGUUUCUGCGUUGAGGAGCUACUAUGCUAGACCCAAAGUUGGGCGAACCAAUCAAAUUGUCAGGGCGGGCUUUAUACGAUGAUGGACAGAUGAUCAACAGUAACGUAAUGAACCACGUCACCAAAGAGCGCGUGUGUUUAAUCUGUUUAACGAAAUGGCUGCCGCUGGAGAAUUCAGAUGUGUGAAUUCUGACAUUGAGUCUGUUCUAAAAGAUAUCGACAGAGCAUUGAUUUAAAAAGAGGAACAGAGAAACGCGAGCAAGGCAUUUGUUGAUGUUUUUACCGUCCUCCCUACAGGAUUCGGCAAAAGUUGGUUGCAACUGAAAUUGGUAUCACGGCGAUGCAACUCGGCGUGCAUGACGAGAUGGAUAUAAUUAGCGAUCGUUGCCAGAUUCUUUUCGGAAGCCCGGAAUCGUGGUUUCUGAAUAAGUGGAGGGACAUGCUAGGCUCCAAUAUUUUCAAGCCAACGUAAUGGGUAUCAUCGUGGAUGAAGUUCACCUAACGUACAAAUGGUAAGAGAUGGUCUGACUGUAUGACUAAGUAAAUACUUAAUGUUGUGAUAUAAACGAAAUGUUGUAAACAUAGUAGGUGUUGAUGUACGUUCGCUAACUCAGACUUAGUAUAAUCACAAUGUUAGUGUCAUUGUAGCGAAGUAACUAGCAGUUCGGUCAGGCUGCAAAAGACGUAAUUUCAACAUACGUCACACACUCCGUUGCUCUGAUUGGUCGUAGGUCUAUCCAAUUGAGUGCAGAGGCAUUUUUCGGUUGAGACACGCCUCAUAAUUAUAGCUCAAUGGAGCGGUAUCAGACUCAAAUUCUGACUAGAAUUGAGUAUGACAACGUCAGGCUAAUUAUCGUGCAAUAGAUACGCCAAAUUCCGAUUUUGCGUGCAUAUGAUACGCCAAUCCUUCCCAUUCACUUAUAUGGCGAAUCGUUUCGUGUCGUUUUAUUUAUUGUUUUCUCAUUUGUUUUCUGUUUUUUUAAACCAUUUUCGCUUGGGUUUAGGGUUAGAUUUCAGAUUUGUUUAAGCAGGUUAUUUAAUAUACAGGUUUCUCCCAUGUUUUUGUAUAUAUUUAAGCCAUGGUCGCUUGGAGUUGGGGUUAGAGAUGGGGUUUGGGUUAGGAUGUAAUUUUUAUAUAACAAAAAGUUGUUCUAACCCUAAACACAAGCGACAAAUGUAAAAAAACAGAAAAC